AUGACGCCUGAGCCGAUCCCUUUGACUGAACACUUCACUCACAGAAGUGAUGCCUACGAAUACUCUAUCAGCUGGACAUCUCUAGGCCCUGAUAGCGGACCACCAGUGGUUUUUGUCCAUGGAACACCUUGGUCCUCUAUAGUCUGGGAGGCUUAUGCGAAGGCGCUUUCCUUACACUACAAGGUCUAUCUCUUCGACAGGCCCGGGUUCGGUCUAUCGCCAGACCGUAAGCGCCUGGCUCCCACAGAUACCGAGACUGACCUUGAUGGAUCUCUUACUGGUCAGGCGGAGGCGUUCGCCGCUCUAUACAGGUCAUGGAAUUUCAAACCAGACCACGUUCCUCACAUCAUCGCUCAUGACAAUGCCGGUCUCAUGACGCUUCGUGCGAACAUCCUUUAUGGUUGUCAAUAUGCAAGCCUCUGUCUUAUCGAUGUCGUCGCUGUUGGUCCAUUUGGAUGUCCAUUUUUCCGGCUAGUUGCUGAGAAUAAGUCCGUCUUCAGUUCGAUUCCGGACACCAUCUUUCAAGGCAUCGUUCUCGGAUAUAUAAAAGAUGCGUCAUUCAAGCCUCUUCCAGGGAAUAUGAUAGAUAGGCUCCUGGAACCGUGGACUGCGGGGGGAAGUCAGGGUCAAGAGGCAUUUAUCCGACAGCUAUUACAAGCUGACCAGCGGUACGCAGAGGAUGUCGAAGGCCGAUAUGCAGAGGUUGGCAAGGCUAUUCCAGUCAAGGUCAUUUGGGGAAAGGAAGACAGAUGGAUUCCAUCCGAUUAUGCAGUGAAACUUGGCAAGUUAAUCGGUGCAAGGGAGGUUAUUUUGGUAGAAGAGGCGGGGCAUCUGAUUAUGUUUGACCAGCCUGAGCGACUUGCGAUGGAACUUGGGAGUUGGUUAACAAAAGUGGCUUUGUAG